CAUCCCUCGGAAAAAGAAAUUGAGCUGAACAAGGAAAAGCAAUGCCGGUGAGAGUGGUGGAUACCUCCGCCCCUUCUCAGGUUUCUGAAGGUGCAAAUUCUGGACAAACGUCACCACAAGCUUGUACCCUUUUGAGUGUCGGACAGACAUUCUCGGGUACUCAGAAUGUUUCGGGUCUGAAAAAAGAUGAAGCAUGGAGGGUAAAUGUUUGUAUACAAGGAUGUGACCUUGAACAUGGUUAUCUAUGUGGUACCAUGGAAGCUCUUAAUGUUCCCAUGGCAGAUACACCAGUAAGAAAUUUAUUCUCUUUGCAUUUCAACCCUUGGAACUAUAUAAGUAGUCUCAGUCUUUUCUUUAAUUUAUGCUUUGGACACUUAUUUAUAACUACACACAUUUAUGUUUGAUUGAUUUAGAAAGUUUCCUUUUUUAAACUAGAAAGAUUCCAUCUGAUAAAAGAAAGCUGCUGCUUUGUUGUUUGAGAAUUUCAUUUUGCAAAAUUUGUUGACAUUGCUAGAAGACAUCUAU